CAGUGUUUCAGACCUGUCCACAGAGGAGGGAGAACAAGAGAGAAGAAGAAGAAAAGACACCUGAGAGAGAGAUAGAAAGAGAGAGAGAGGGGGAUAAACUCAGAGAGGAAGACGUUGUCCAGGAGGUUUGAGGAUAAGUGAGCCAUUAGAGGAGAAUAAAAAGAGAGGAGGACAGCAGGUUUAAGGUGAUUCCUCAGAGUUCAGGUUGUGAUCAGUCUGCAGUAUGCUCCUCCUGCUCCUCCUGUCCCUGUCUGCUCUCCUGCUUGGGGGGGACGCUCAGGACCGAGCCGCUCUGUGGAGAGGAAACGACCGAUCCGGGCGCUGUCAGUACACCUUCACUGUGCCCAGCCCCACAGAGACCAGCUGCCCACAGACCGGGGGCCCCGAGCUGGAGGGUCUGAAGGCCAGACUCAGUCUGCUGGAGGUGCUGGUGGCCCGACUCAGCGGAGGUGAGGCUGGGGGUCCUGCUGGGGGGUCCAGGUCCAGAGGUCAGUCUGAGCUGCAGACGGCUCUGAACAGAGCCAUGGGGGAGAGGAACCUGCUGCAGGGGGAAAAGGAGCGUCUGGAGCAGGAGCUGCAGGGGCUGCAGAGGAGGAUGGAGGAGAUGAGGAGGGAGACGGAGAGGCUGAGGAGCAGACCCUGCCCUCCCCAGGUCCCAGUAGUCCCUCCAAACCCGGCUCUGCAGGGUGGGGGCCUGAUGAAACCUGCUCAAGGUAGGAGAUGCACACAGCAAAAUCAACCGACUGAUUAAAUUCUCUGAAAAAAAAUCAUUUUUUUUUUAAAACCACAUGAAGUUUCACUCAUUUCUUUAAAUCUUUGAAUAGUGUCAGAUUCUUUAAAAUGAGGAUUUGUACAUUUUUUACAGUAAAAGACAACUCUUCAGGUUUUUAUCUGUCAAAUGGAUAAAAAAAGUGCUUUAUAUGGGGAAUUUAGACACUCUAAAGCCUUGAUGAGACAUUUGCUCUGCAUCUUUAGCUGUUUUAUGGCCAUGAAGUGACUGUCAGAGCAACAGUGAUGAAAACAAUCUGAAGCUGCAGCCCUCUUCGUUUCAUGACUAAGAUUUUGUUAUAGAAAUGUGCAUCACUAAAUCACAUCCUGAAUAGGAACUGAUUCAAAAACAUUUUAUUUAUGAGCUCUGUGUUUUUUCGAUUGUUGUGUAAACUCCCCUCAGAACUUGAAGAAAGACGCAGAGCUAAAUGAUCUAAUAACGUGCAGACAGGCUGUCAGUCAGUGAAACACGUGACCUGUGAGUGUGACUGAAGAUUACAGGUUCAUUAACACAUUAAUGUCAGCUAUGUGUGGAACAUCACGCAUGUAAGGAACAGAGCAAUGCACAGAAUCUAUGUGUGUGUGUGUGUGUGUGUGUGUGUGUGUGUGUGUGUGUGUGUGUGUGUGUGUGUGUGUGUGUGUGUGUGUACGUGUGUGUGUGAAGCCCUGUUUGUCUGCACAAAUCCCCUAAGAGGCCACAGGGUGAUAAAGUGUGAGGCAUCAGUUUGUGUGUGUGUGUGUGUGUGUGUGUGUGUGUGUGUGUGUGUGUGUGUGUGUUGUGGUGGAUGUUUUAGGUGAUCCCAGGCUCAGGUUCCCGCUUCCUGUCCGGGUUUGGGGGUCCUGGAUUUGGAACAGAGGGGGGUGGGGGGGUGGGUCAGCUCAAUCUUUAUGACGGUGUUUCCCUCUACAGGUCCAGCAGGGUGUGAAUAGCUCAGUUUAGGGGGGCUGAAAUGUGAUGCGGGCUUUGGAAGUGGUCCGUGCCAAGGUCUCAUCUCAGGGCUUUUGAUGACGCCUGGUGGGUCAGGGCUGAGGAGGUUUGGGGGGGGGGGGGCUGAGAACACUAAACCUGGGGUUAUCCUGGAGCCGGGGGGGUUAAGCCCUGGUAUUCUGCAUGUUUGCAGCAGCCAAACAUCCGUCUGAUUGUUCUCCUCUUUUCAUCCCUCUUUUCUUCCCUUUGUUUGACUCCUCCUCCUCCUCUAGAGAGGAUUUCAGUUGUAAAGACUUCCAGCAGCCAUAAAUCCUUCCUCACAAACUCCCUCAGCUUCAGCACGACUUAUAGACUCUCUGUGUCUGCUGCAAGCACCAGGUUAUCUGUUUAACUCCUCAUGUUUACACCUGCGCACCCACAAACACACACACACACACACACACACAGAGUCCCUGAGGGGAGGGCAGAUGGAGAAUAGAUCAGUAGGGGGGAAGAUACACAUAAACAGAGGAGAUACAGCAUCAAAUGUUCUGGCUCUAGUUUGAUACAAAGACAGAAGAAAUACAAGCCCAGUGCUAAUUUUGGAUGAAACCAAAAUUAGAGGAGGGGGAGGCCUUUUUCAGAUUGGUUGGUAGAGGAUUGUGCAUGACUUGAAUCAUGUCUGUCUCCUGAGACUCAUGAGACUGUUCAGUGAAAAAAGUGCAAAGAAACAAACUAGUUUUUGCAACAUGGGGCAACAUAAAUGUAACACACAAGACAGCCACCAUGAAGAAACAAAACGACCAGUCAGUCAAUCAGUCAGUCAGUCAAAGCACGUGAGAGCAGGUUACUCAGAUCUGUGAUGAAAGCAGCCGUCCUGAUAUUCAGAUGCUUUCUCCCAGUUUCUAGAAGGUGCAGCCAGCAGACGCUGCACUCAUAAAUAAUGUUUGAUGAACUCCUGAGAUGUCUGAAAUACUUCUGCUCUCGUGCAGCAGGUAGAGGUAGCACAUGGCCAGCAGUCAGUGUUGGUGAAGCUUUAGAGGCUUUCAGUGAGUUCACACAGUAAAAAAAAAAGAAAACUGUAGCAGAGACCUGAGACCUGAGAGAGAAAUCUGAAAGAAAGAACACCUGAAAUAAGCUCGGACUGAUUUACUUCAGAAACAGAUCAGAGUUUGAGUGUGUAUGAAUGUGCAUUCACGUCUGUAAAGAUUCAUCUCUGAGAAGCAAUGAUCUUUGUCAGUCAUUCAUUCAUCUAAUUCAACUUUGACACACUCAGAGUGAAAACAUGAAACUUUAUAGCUCAUCUAUUUGAUUUGAUUAAGGCCUCAGAGUUAUGCAUUGAUUUGCAUAACUGUGGGUGUAGAUGAGUUGACUGACAGGUGGGGGCAUACCGUGUCAAAGUAAAUGCUUUGUCACUCUGGACCUGCUUCCUCCAUUUGAUGAAAUAUCUCUGCUGCAGGUGUUGCUCUUUGCUGAGUCAUUUGAUUAUUUGAAGUGGAAUUUAGCAACACUUUGGAUCGCUUGCCACAGUGUGCUAUGUGAUCCUCUUUUUCUUGUUUGAUUGAAAGCAUACAAACAGUCUAAUAAUAUAAUAAUAAUAUUUAAAAAAAAGCCACAGACAUGGUGAUGAGAUGUUUAUUGGUUAAAUAUGGUGACUAUAUUCCCAAUCCCCAAAAAGAGGACACUACUGGGUGGGGCGGAGUCGCUUGUAGUUAAUUUUGAGAGUUUUUCGGGUGGGGCUGAGUUUUUUUACGCACUUCUAACUCAGUUAGUUUACGCAACACAAAUUCAAACCUUCCAUACAAAACCCCGAACAUUUGAAGAAUUUUAUAAACUCCCCCUGACGAGGCCAGACAGCCCCCCAAAAAGAGGAUUUGUCCAGGUAAAACACAUAGGUUGGAGAAAGAGAAACCAAAAUCUUAGAAAUCCAGAGCCAUUUUUUCGUCAGCUGAACUUAGCCAGGACAAGAUUUUAUUCCAUUGCAUUUUUAUACUUAUUAUGUGAAAUUUAAAAAAAAAAAGAUCUGGGCAUGCCAAAGUGCUGAAAUCAACACUGGUAAUAAAGCAGCAGUUAGCAUCAGUGAGAAGUACAAGGAUGGAGCCAGCACAUAAAAUACCUCUAAGUAUCACAGACCUAGACAAGGAGCUGACUUGGUGUAAGGAUUUUCACUGAGUUAUAUAAUGUCUGAUGAUUAAAAGCAGUUUUUUCUUUUAAAAAACAGUCAAUAAAACAUGAACAGCACAAGAUCAGCAAAGAUAUGAAUGUAGCUGUUUGACCACAGGGGGCGCCAAAGUCAAUACAAGCUGACAAACUUAACCCUCCUCCUGUUUUAGGGUCGGCACCGACCCGUUUUUGAUUUUAAAAGCUUAAAAGAACCACUUAGAUAAGUUUUUUUGCAUCAAGACUUUUUGACUAUGUCAGGAACCUCUAUUUUAAAUUGAGCAAAUUAUAAAAUGCACGUAUUAAAAUUAUGGCACUUGUCAUGUUAGGGUCACUGUUGACGGUUAGAUCAAUAUCUAAUAAUUAGAGCAAAAACUGAAAUCAUAAGUGUACUGUCAGGCACCACACUGACAGUCAGAUCCUCUUCCAAUCAUGGGAGAUUUAGGAAAUUCUCAUUUUGCCAUGUAUUUCUCAGCACAGAAAACAACGUCAGGCAUGUCCAGACAUGUGAGAUCAAUUCAGUAUAGAUGUCUGUGUGAGAGGUAUACUGACAAAGUAAGGCCCAGAGGACCACUACAAAACUAUAAUAAGUAAUAUUUUCAUGGAUAAUGAAGCCUAACAAGGUAACCUAGAGAUGAGAACCAAAUUGGAUGAUAGAGAAUUGUUUUUAGUGUAAUUUACAGCUGAUUUAAGACACAGGUCAAAACUGACCCUUAACAUGGUCGGUGCGUAGUAAAAGCUAACACAGGAGGAAGGUUAAAACAAACACCUCUUAGAGUCCGAUUUCACAUCCCAUGAUUUCACUCUGAAUCAUGAGAGGAAUAAAAUGUUUAAUGAGGACGAUGGCAGAGGGCCGCUGAUAGAUUUAACCCCUCCCCUCUUUAACUAAACUCUUGAAAUAGAUCUGUUCUUUGUUUCUGUCUCUCAGUAUCACCUCAAACAGAGACCUGGUCCUUCUGUAGGUACAUCUGUGAUGAUGGGGAGGAGGAUAAAUGGCUGACAUCUACAGGCCCAAGUCAGCUUUUCAAACACAUUUCUGUUUGUAACUCAGAAACUUUCCCACAUCACUGCAGUUCUUCAUCAUUACACCCCUCUUCAUCAGCGUCUUGAAUCUCCCUCCUCCUCCAGAUGUUGGUGUUUAAUGUGCUCUGCACCAUUAGUGCUCUUUUUACGCCUGAAAUCUCUGCAGGCUGCACGUGCGGGAGAAGAACAGCAACAUGUUCCGAGUGAACAGGAGGUCAAACUCAGGAUCAGACUUCCUCUAAUAGAAAAUCAUUGAAAAACAUCAUUUAAUCAUGUUCGAAGGAGUUUACAGACUCUACACAGCACUGUUUGAUGUAGGAGUCAGAGGGAGGAAAGAGGAAGGAGGGAGGAAGCUCUGAGCGGCUGGUUUGAAGUUUGAGGACAGUGUCAGGUGGGACGGGGGGGUUGAGUGUGUCAGGUAUGUGUGUUACAGCAGGUCGAUGCAGGGACUGUGUGACUCUGGAGCAGCUGGGAAUCCAUUCAAGGGUGUUUGUUUUCUGCCGUCACAUUCCUGCUGUCAGCCAUGUUUGGAUGCACAAUCACUCGCUCACGGUACUAAUAAACCCCGUCUGUGUUCCUGUGUGUGUCUCCAGGUUCCAACCCCAUGUCUCACCUGGUGUCCAGACCCAACAGACAGGGGGACAGCAGCAGUUUGAGAGGUGAGGUGUGAUUUCUGAUGAAUUUCCUCCACCUCUCUGUGCCCUCUCCACCUAAACUCACAUCUCUGUCUCUGUUUCUGUUUCUGUCUCCAUCCAUCUUGAUCAGACUCAGCGUGGCAGUUUGGAUCUCCAGGUUUCCAGGAGCUGAAAGCUGAGGUGACAGAGGUUCCUGCUCCUGAUGGCUCGGUGGACUCUCCAGGUCUCUGAAAUGUUUAUAUCUUUCUGAAAGGACUGCAAAGUCAGACACGUUUUACCUGAAGAAUCAAUACUCUUCAGAAGCUCAAACCCAGGUUUUCUGCUGGGUAAGGCAGCCAUUAUUUCUAAUUUAUAUCAGUGUUACACAGGAAAUCCAUGCAGACCCAUUGCAUCAGUUAUAGUGACAGAGUCUGCAGUACUUUUUAAAAAUAAUCUGCAGAAAUGACAUAGUUUUGCAUUUCCAUCAGAAUUUUGCAAAAAUGCAAAUUUGACAAAAUUUUCCACCAUCUAAUGCCACCUUAUUCUGGAGAGAAACCCCCCCUGAACAAAAACGCCACUGAAGAUUUUGUUUUUGUAGUCAAACCUUUAGUUUCUGACACAGAUCUCUGAACAAACUAGAAGUACAAAUGUAUAUCAUAUCAAACAUGUGCACCUUAUGGCUUUUGCUGAUCCUUCCCUGUACAUGCGAAGAGAGGAUGUUCUGGCAAAAAAAAAUUCAACAGUCAAAUGUGUCAUUUUUUGUUAAAAUUUGCUGUUAAAAAAGCAACAACUGUUUUUCAGCCUGUUUUUUUCAGCAUGGUUUAAAUUGUCGGUCAAACACCUACCUUCUUGAAGUGGCCUUAGGUAUUUGAAACCACAGAGUAGAGAUUAUAAACCUUCUUGUUGGUCUUGUUUGCUCUAUAGGGUCAUAAAGAGACAUCAGUAUCGAUUUCAACAUCCAGUUAGAAACUCCUCAGAGAAGCUUUUAAGUUCUUAUUUUGCUCUCUCACACACACCGGUUAAGGUAACCCCGGGGUGAAACUAACAAAAAAAAAACUGCUCUCAUGUUUUCUGAGUUAUGUAACCUGCAGCUUGUUUUUGUGCUUUUCUGUUAGGAACAGUUGAUGACAACAAAGAUAGAACAAAAAAACGUUGCCACAUGUCGAGAUAGUGACCCUCGAUUUGCAAAAGUCACACUGCACGAACCACUGCUGUUGCACACUUGCUCUUUCUUUUAGUACACUCAAUCUGCAUUCCAUUAAUGUUCAAGCAAGGAGGACCCAAACAAAACAGGGUUUUUGCUAGAACCAAACAUUUUACAGUCCAUUUAUAUUAAACCUUUUUGUUGAGAAACCCUUCAGAGAACCAGAACAGAAGUUAGACUAUCAUCCUCUGCAGUCUGGGUCAUCUUUACCACUUCAUUUAGGUCACUUUAACAAACUACAACAAAAACUCUGUUCUCAGAAUAAUUGUUGGCCCAAAUGAGCGUCUAGACUAAGUUAUAGUUCUCCUCAUGGAUUAAGUAUGACUGGGUACUCUUCAGUCUUGUGCUUAACACAUACAGUAUAUCCACCCUGAGCUGACCUUAUAUGGACUCAGCUGCUCUUUAAACUUCAGGACACACUGACCAAUGACCUUUACAGCAAAGAUACACAUGAAGUCUCUGAGAGAGCCUUAAAGUUAAAGUUAGAGGUUAAUGUUGGCCGUUAUCUUAGAUGGUGUAUGCAUGGAAGAGUUUGUCCAAACCCCCAAAACUCUUUACAGGAACUCUGUGGAUGAAAUCUGUGUGAACAAAAACAAAAUCAGAUUGAAGAAGAAAAUAUAAAUACUAAAGAUAAAGAAAUGUACAUUUGCUCUGUAGAGUUCGACAUGUUCAACGCCAUCCUCACCCCUUCCUCCCCCUAUGUCCAUCUGAGCUGCAAACACGACACUGGGCCCCCCUGCUGACAGCCUCAAAGCAAAUACUGCUAUUAAUACAGCAGCAUUGAGGGCGAGAAUACGUCAGACAUGCUGGUUUGUGGGUCCGAUUGCUCGUGUGAGUUACAUGUUUGUGUCAUAAAAGUUAAAGAGGGGAAACUCUAACGAGGAUGUCACAGACUGUUUAACCAUCACAUGAUGGGAGCCAUGAUAACAAGCCUUAUCUCACUGUGCUGAAUGACUCUCAGCAUUGUUUCAGAGAUCGGGAAAUCACCCCAGUCAGCCGCCACGUGAAGUCAUUUAAUCUCUGAUGAAGCCAUACCACGAGGAGCUACGUGUGUCAGCUGUAUUUAAAAGACACAUUUAAACCCUUAAUCCUUGGUCAGACUGUAUUUUAGGAAGUGGUAAAUAUACAUCCGGCCUUAUCGGUUUCCCAGCAGGCCGAGCUGCACAGUUCCUGUCCUGGAUGAGGUGUGACUGGUCUGAUGAAGGUGACUCAGGCAGUUUCUGUAAACCUGACGAAAGGAGCUGACCUCAUAACGCCCUGAUCUGCUCUCAGGUUGCCUUCAUCACCCUCAGCUGCAAAUACGAGGGUCCUCUUUUGUGUCUGACAUCUCCUGGAGUCACCUUAAAAUGAUAUUUCAGGAUUUUUUAAGUGGGGUUGUAUGAGUUAAUGUACAUGUCACUAGUAAGUGUUUUAGACACAGUGGAUGUCAGUCACUGAAGACGAAAUUAGUAACACCAUCACUAUUGCUGGGUGAUUUUUAACCAAAAUAAUAUACCCAAGAAAAAGUACUUGUCAUCAAAAUAUGUAAAAAUAGGACAAAUUAAAGUAGUUUUCUUUUACUUUUAACUGCGCAAUGUCCAAAGGGAGGAAAAAAAGUGCCAUGAUAUAUAUAUACAUAUUAUUAACUUAGUUUCUUUUUCACCCAUUCCUGGGGUCUGUGAGUCUUCCCUGGUGAAGACUCAGGGUCCUUGGUACCAUAACAGCUGCAGGAUAGAGAACAAAAAUAUGGCAGAUUUUGAGUGAGUAAAAAUGACCAGCUGACUAAAAUAUUUCUUAUCACCAUAUAAAUUCCCUGAAGAUCACUACUUUGUGAUAGUUAUUCAUAACCACUGCGCUAAAUAAAGAUAGCAUGCAAAUUCCAGGACCACUCUUACUGACCUUUUUCGCCUACAUGCAGCUAUCAAAUCCACCCAAACUUACUUACCCUCUAUCACUAUUGCCGGGUAAAAACCACUAGAACAUGUGCCUGGGAAAAAGUGGGUUUUGGAAAACAAAUAUGCCUUCAAAGAUGUCAAAGACAAUGCUGAAGCUACCCAGGGACCCAUGAUACUCAGACAAACACAACAUCAUGAAAAUCACGUAAACAUGUUUGAUCGGGUGAAAAUCACCCAGCGAUAGUGUUCUAGGGUUAAUGAGAAACUUACAGGAGAACCAGCACACAAGCUAGGCUAUAGUUUUCUGCCAACUGGGCCGAAUCUACCUCUUAAUUUACUGUAGCUAAUUAAGAGACUCCGACCCAAACACUCCUUUCAGUUUAAGUGUUCACUCUACUGAGAAACUGUCAGCACGUCCCCAUCAGGCAGCUGUUUUUGUACUAUUAGCAAACACAACACACAAACACACUUCUCCACAUGCAGUGCAUUUAGCUAAUCAGGUCUUUGAUGUUUGAGUCACUGACAGAGUGUGACUUUCCCGUUUUUUUCAACUUAGUUUUUUGUAAUGUUAUUAAUCAAAUGCCUCAGAUCAGCCUUUGGAUACAGUGACGUGUGUAGAGUUUGUUAUUUCAGCUCAGUCUUCUCCUUCAGCAGCAAACACAGUGUAAUUUGAUAAGGUAAAGAUAUCCUGUGGACCGUGGGUUGUGUCGUUAUGCUGUAAAAAAACACUGAGAGCUGAACACUUACUCUGAAGACACUCUUCCAUUCAGCUUUUCUGGUUUUCUGAUUGAACUCCUAAACGUUAAAGAAAGUGGGUAACAAACAGCGUUCAGUGCUCAUCACAGCAGUGGACUCUGGUUGGUGACAGUUGCAGACUGCAGCCUGGACACAUAUCAUCCCUGUCUGAAUCACUUUUUCAGUUUGUUCUUAUUUUUGCUUCUUUGAAACCUGCAGACCAAACAGCUGAUCAAUGUACGACAGACAGAAGAGCACAACUGCAAAAUAGUGCAAAAACAAGUGGGCUUCUUGAUGGAUGGAUAAUAAGACAGUCAGUUGAGUCUGCAGAGGACUGUAGCCUAACUUGCACGACAGUUCUCCCUACAGUUUACUAUUAAAGAGGCUAAGCUGACCAACAUCUAUAGUCGUCACAUGUAUCUCAUACAACCUCACUCCAAAAAAACAAAAACAGAGCAAAAUCAUUUGAAGUCACAAAAACUGAUAGUCCCUGAUAGAUGGAGGGAUGCUGUCCAAAACUGAGCUUCUUAUUGGUACGACCAGUCCCUCCUGAUACAGCCACAGAUCAGGAUCCAGCUUGGAUCAAACCAGAUUAUGCUCAUUAAGUAUCUAUUUAAAUCUGUGUCACAUGAUUGAUGACCCAUUAGCCUCUUAGGUUCAUGUGACCCUGAUUGCUCAGUCAUGCCGAUUCUCCCUCUAUAACAUCAAGAGAAUCAGACCCUACCUGACAGAGCACACAGCACAGCUCCUGGUACAGGCUCUCUAUCAAACAUGGACCACUGCAGCUCCUUACUCCCUGUGCGCACAGUCAAACCUCUGCAGAUGGUUCAAAAUGCAGGUCUUUCCUGGUUUUCAACCAACUCAAAACGGCACAUCACUCUCUCGUUCACCUCUCUCCACUGGCAUGCAGUAGUAUCAAACAUAAAGCCCUACUUCUUGUCUACAAUACUGCAACUAAAUCAGCUCUUGCCCUCCUGAAAUCCCUCAUCCAGGUCUACACUUCCAUCUACCUGCUACACUCUGCCAGUGAGAGGUGCUGAAUUCUCCAUGAAAACAGGGCCCUUCGUCACUUCUUCUCCUCCAAUGCCCCCUGAUGGUGGAAUGAAUUACCAGACUCACUUAAGUCUGCAGAUUCUUCUUCUACCUUAAAGAAUAAACUGACGUCUUAGUUCUUUAGAAAACACCAACAAGCUUGGUGCCACUUGUUUGUAGCGAGACCUUGUCCAUCAACUGUUGUGGGGUGACGCAGCUCAAGGAAGAACAUUUAUGAUCAUUUCUUCACGAAAUGCAAUCAGACUGAGGUGCUAAGGCAGAAGAACUAUCGUGUCUGAAGUGCAACAUGAUUAUUAUGAUCACUAUUACUUCAAGGAAAUGAUAAAGUAAUGUUCAUGAAUGUUCUUCCUUGGGCUGGGUCACCCUCCUGCAGUCGAUGGACUCGCCCAAGGUCUCGCUGCAAACAAAAGGCUGCUGGAAGAGAGUAGGUGAGUUGUGUUUAGUCACUUUGCUCAAGAAAUUAGGUAAAGCUAAAAAGAUGUUUGAUAGUAAGUGCUAUGGCUGGGACCCUAUAUGUACUGUUGAUGAAGUUAGGUGCUGUUCUGAGCAUUAUUUGUGGCUAUAGAGUGGCUUUUUGGUUGAGUGCGUGUCUCUCUGUUUUGCUAUCUGGGGUUGUUACUAAAAUUGGUAUAACUAGAGAAGCAAGUGGUUGGCAAUAUUCAUCUCUCGAUGGGGUGUCCAACUCGGUCCUACAGUGUGCUUGACCCUAAAAACUUAAUUUCAUGGCGGAAUAUCCCCUUAAGUUACUUGCAGAUGUCUGUUAUUUAGACACAUGCAUCUGCUAAAUAAACCUGUAACACUGUCAAAUUAUAUCAGUUUCAUAUGAGAAAGUGAUUUGGGUCUUGGUGCUGCUAGUAUCAGUGAGUUACUGAGAUUUCUUCUAGAGUAUCAGUCACUGAUUUUGGUCUCUAUGUCCUCCGUAUGAGUAUAUGACCUGAAUAUUUGUAUUGCUGCUGUCUGAUGAUGACUGACAUGUUUUUUUUCCUUUCCUCUGUUUUCCACUCGCAGGUUGUGGGGAAUUGGUCUCAGUCAGUGAGCCUGUCACUCAAAGGAGGGCUGAUAACAUUGAGGGCAAAUAUGGAGUCUGGAUGCAGGAUCCUGAGGCUGUCUCUCCUUAUGGUCCCAACAUGAUCUGGCGGAUUGACACCGUGGGCUCCGAUGUCAGGAAGCUGUUUGGAUACGAUGACAUGGUCCAGUUCACCAAAGGUUUUCCAUCCAAGGUACGAAUCACAUGAUUAACAGAAGAUAAUAUCAAACUCGGCAUGAAAGAAAUCUGCAGGGGUCAGACUGUAUAUUGGUACCAUCACUCUUCGGUUUCCUUUGGUGGACCACAAAUGAGUGUGUCAACAUGCUUACUUUAAUUGUAUGCCACCUCCUGUAAUUAAGUCUCUGAAACCAUCAGUAGUUAACUAAUAUGACUAACCUGUUUAAAUCUUUUGAUUCGGCUAACAAUCUACAGAAGACAUUGUUUUCAACAUCAGCUCCAUCUUACCUCUCAAGUUGCUAGUUGGAAACAAUGGCAAGACACUGACAAGGAAGGUUUGGCUGAAUCUUAGUCACCACUAACAACUCCACUGUUGAUCAAUAGCUGAUCAACUUUGAGUCUUUGGAUAGUAAAUGAGAACAGGCUCUCAGUGUUUUAUCCCUCAUUACUGUUGUCUCUCAUAUCUUUAGGUGCUGCUGUUGCCAGAGCAGGUGGAGAGCACAGGUGCCACUGUGUACCGAGGCUCUCUCUACUAUCAGAGGCGUCGCAGCCGCACCUUGAUCCGUUAUGACCUGGCCUCUGAGAGCACCGCAGCUCGCCGGGACCUCCCCCAUGCUGGCUUCCAUGGCCAGUUCCCGUACUCCUGGGGGGGCUACACGGACAUCGACCUGUCCGUUGAUGAGCAGGGUCUGUGGGCCGUGUACUCCACCAACAAGGCCAAAGGAGCCAUCGUGAUAUCACAGCUGGACCCUCACAGCCUGCAGGUGAAGAGGAGCUGGGAGACUCAAAUCAGGAAGAACUCUGUGGCCAACUCCUUCAUCAUCUGCGGGAAGCUGUACACGGUGGCCAGCUACACUGCACCCAACACCAUGAUCAACUACAUGUAUGACACCGAAACCAGCCAGGGGAAGCCGGUGUCCAUCCCCUUUAAGAACAAACACUACUACAACAGCAUGAUCGACUACAACCUGGCUCAGAGAAAGCUCUUCGCCUGGGACAACUUCCACAUGGUAUCCUACGACGUCAGGCUCGGCCGCCCACAGCCAAACUAACGCCGCCGUCAGUGACUGUCAGAGUGAUAUUACGCUCACUCCUUCCUGCUUCAGAGACUCACAGCUUUAGAGCAUUUGUGGUAGAGAAGUUUAACUAACACGAUCAGUAUCAGCACAGAUGUAUAUAAAGAUGGACAACAUGGCUGUAGCUUCUCCUGUUGUUCAAAAAUGAUGCCAAAUGUUCCUUCAACAGGCACAGAUGCCUCUCAUAUCUAAAAUCAGAGUCUGUGCUUAAAGGAUCUGCUGGUGAUCCUGCAGUAAUAAUGUCCAGAACCUAAAUUUCAGUUGUUGAUAAAGGGUCAAAGCCUCUCAGGUGGGUCUCCUCCACAGUCAAGGCACAUUGUACAGUGGCCCUGAAGGGAAAUUGCAUAAACAUUUAAUGAACACAAAAACAAAUACAAAGGACAAGACAAAAAUGUUUCAUGAAGUGCAAAAGCAUUUCACAAAACAGUAAAAUAUUUAAGGAAGAAAAAAAAAUACACACCUCAAACACACACAAAAAAAUAUCAUUGAGCAGAAACCAAAUUGUCCAUGCAAGACAAAAACAUGUAAUAAUGUGCACAUUUGACAAAAUAAGAAACAUAAAAAAAAAACAAAAACAAAGUGCUCCACAUGUUCAUAUAAAGGAAGCAGGGUUUAAGGCUUAUACUGCAGCCAGCAGGGGGAGCUCUAAAUGUUUGGGCUUCUCUUUUCGGAAGCUGUCAUGGCCUCCAUCUUUUAUACAGUCCAUGAUGAACAAUAGAGCACAGACUGAGCUACCCAACUCCAGAGUGAGAUGAGGAUGUUAGAGGAAUGGCACCCCUUGUAGGUCUGCUUUUCUUUCUCCAGUUAGAGGGGCUUUUAUUGUGGUGAGGUCCACAGAAAUAUAUUUCAGAGGAUUAUUUUUGUACUGCCUUUGACUCAGAUGUAUGAUUUUAUUCUGUUGUUGAGUUAUAUAUAUAUUUGAUGUCUGAAAGUUGAAUUUUCAUUCAAUUUGAUAAGCUUAGUGGGAUAAAAAAAUGCAAAUUUUACACACAAUCUCCUGAUGUAUGACACCCAGCAAUGUUUCACCUGUCAACAUCUUCAGUUUGAUGAACUCUUCUCACUCAGCAUGUGUUGAAUAUUGCAUGUUCCUGUACACUGUAGUAACAUAAUUGUGUAAUGUUCAAACCUGUUAUCAAAUAAAGUUAAAUAACAGUUUGUA